AGCCAUUCGCUGUGAGUGGCGUCUGGAAGAGUGGCAGGUUGCCUUGGUUACAACAAUGGUGUUUUUUGGCUUCAUGGUGUUCAGUGGCAUAUGGGGGUUCUUUGCAGACAGAUACGGGCGUUGGAAGAUUCUUCUUCUCGUCACUGUAUGGAGCUCCUAUUACUCAUUGGUGACCUCCUUUGCCCACACUUAUGUUUGGUUCAUCUUCCUACGAUCAAUGGUAGGAUGCGGAGUGGCAGGCCAUUCUCAAGGAUUUGUUCUGAUGACAGAAUUCAUACCCUCUAAAUACCGAGGACGCAUCCUGCCUCUGGGCCAGAUAUUCUGGCUAUUAGGAUCUACGCUGGAGAUUUUGCUGGCGUACCUGAUCAUUCCCACACUGGGCUGGCGAUGGCUUGUCCGGAUCUCCACUUUCCCGAGCAUUGUCCUGCUUGUCGUGUUCAAAUGUAUUCCAGAGUCAGCACGAUUCAAUGUCUCUGUGGGAAACACUCAGAUUGCUACUCAGACUCUACAAUACAUUGCGAAGAUGAACCGAGUCUCUCUUCCCCGUGGCUCAUUGGUAGAGUCUGGUCUGGCAAAGAGGGGGCAAUUUCUUGAUUUGCUUGAUUCAGGGUACAGACGCACAACACUACAGUCAUGGUUCAUAUGGCUGGGAUCAGCGUUUUCUUACUACGGACUUGUCUUAACCAGCUCGGAGCUAUUGGAAAAUAACCCUAUCUGCAAUUCCUUAGAAAGUGCAGAGUCACUGCACAUCAAGUCAGUGGAAAUUUGCCACUGUAAAAUGUUUGAGGCUGCAGAUUACCAGACAAUGAUCAUCAGUACUUUGGGAGAAUUUAUAUUUGUACCAAUCAGCCCUUUUGCAAUGGAGAUCUUGGGAAGAAGGCGAAUAUUGGCAUUAAUGAUGGGAUUGUCUGGCAUCUUCUUUCUGUUGCUCAACAUCUGCACCUCCAGGAUUGAAUUGACCAUAAUACUGUUUAUUCUCCGGGGCCUUGUGUCUGCAAACUUCACCAUCAUCUACAUCUACACUGCAGAGGUGUACCCCACAACCAUCCGGUCUCUGGGUUUGGGCUCAAGUAGUUCAAUGGCUCGUAUUGGAGCAAUGACUGCGCCCUUUAUUGCACAGGUACUUUUGCCACUUUCGCCUGUCACCUCCCUGUGCUUGUUCAGUGCAGUGUGCAUUGUGUGCUCUGUUCUUGCUUUCACCCUUCCCAUUGAGACCAAAGAUCGCGAAAUGCAGGAAAUGAAGUCAUCGGACCCCAUUAGUUGAGUUACACAGUUCGUCAGAACAAGACGCAGUGAAUAUGAAGAAUGUAUAUUUUAACCUCGUGGACUCGUUGCUUCAUCUUCUGCAGUGUGUAUGGUCAUACAUGUCCAUCUAGUGACUAGCACAAGAAUCACACCUUUUGACGGCCCAAAUCAAUAAAAAUUUUAUCACACAAUCCACAGCCUUCAAUAUAGCGGUUUUCCCUGAGAAAGACUGAGCAAGUAUGUGUGACUUUUAGGAGUUCUAAUGGGGUUCAAGCUGAAUGAUUAAUGUCAUUGAAGAAGGUCAGGUAUAGCAACAUCAGGCCGUUUUCACUCUUCACUACCAGUAUGGCUUAGCCCCAUUUCCUAACGAUUGUUGCCUCUCCUUUAUUGCCUCUCCUACAUAAAUAGAUACAGUACAAGGGAACACAGAGUUUUUAUUAAGUGAAUGGAACUUGCCAAUAAUCAAGGAUUGUAUGGCAGAAUGCAUACACUUUGCAAACCUAACAAUAAAAUACAAAUGUGCACAAUUUUCAAUCAAGUCUCCCAUGAGUUUAAAGAAAACUCUUAUCUGUUCUUUAAAUUUACUCUCCGUCUGCCUUGUUAAACUUAUAAUUAUUCUUGUAAAUCGUAUGAAUGUGAAUAUUACUCCUCAGCCAAGUACCUCUAUUUUCCAAAAGUGCAAUAAUUUUCUAUGUUCAUGUUCUAUGUUACACCUCCUUUGGCGGACAUAGGAUUACACUCACCCUAAUUCAUAUGAUCGAAUUAGGGUGAUGUGAUGAGUACGCGUGAUAUGUAAAGCAUUGAAUGUGCUGGAGAUGCCCCAACUAAUGAUGUGCUCUGGUAGCUCUGCUCUUAUACUGCACAUUUCAUGUUAAAUCAACCCUGUUGGGGUUGAACUGUUGAAGCUGUUUUUUCCUUCAUACCAUGUGAAGCUUUUUAACUCAAUAACUUGGCAUCACUCCUUCAUUAAAUUCCAUUUCUUCCCUUUGUUUCAACUAUUCACUGUAGUGCACCUGAUCCAUUACCUUGGUUGCCAAAUUUGAAAUAUGUCCAAGAGCCAUGAACAGGUAAAGGUGUGUAUCUGCGUUGGCUCAAGUAACAUACAUACUCAAGUACAUUAAAUGCUGUUUUAUGUUUUAGCAAAACGCUAACACUGAACGUGUCUGUGUGCGUGUGUGAGAGUUGUUUAUAUAAUGAACUUGGCUUCCAAGCUGCAGUUGUGUGCACUGGAAUUAGUGAUGUUCAGGCAAACAUAGCUGCAAAGCUUUGGACAGACUCUGGAGCAAUGCACUUCCCAGUAAGUUGCUAUUGUUUGAACUGCCAAAGUGAUACUCCUCCUUCACAUUCCCUGUUUGUUAUGUGAUGUCGGAGACACUUCACCUUCCAACCCUUUGCUCUUCGUUUUCUCAGGGUUUUCCAAAGGCUCGUUGCUUUUUCUCCACAUCAUUGUCCAACCCGACUUACUAUUUUGCCUUUCUAAAAUCUCACUCACUCUACUGCGAUUGCUAUCCUGGUUGGAGCUGAGCACAAUCCAGCCACUGCUCAUUGUCAUUUUCACCUGUGUAAGUUUUCAACCUUUGCAACCACAUAACCAUGAAUGGGAAUGGACACAAAAACACCAUUUAACUAAGUCACUGUUGUUUUACUUUGUUGAAUUGUUUUGUGUAAUAUUAUAAUCCAAACCGCAGUCUACUCCUGCGUUCUUUUGUAACCAAACAAUAAACUAAAUAUAUUUCCACA